AUGCUCUUCAGCCCUACACCACUGCCCCUCACGAACCACUUUACAACUUUCCCUGAAAAACCACAGCGGAAGUCUUCCCUCUUCAGCAUGGCCUCCGAAUCCCGCCUCUACACCUUCUCCGCCGAGACGCAGACCAAGCUGCGCAAGUUCCGGCUGGGCACCUCGCGCGCCAAAGACCCGCAGGCAGUCAUCUACGAAAUCGACAAGAAGACGCUGGAAAUUCGCCCUGUCGACGAUGAAGUUUACACGGAUGUGCAGAGCCUCGCCGAUGACCUGCCCGAACACGCGCCCAGAUAUGUGCUGCUGAGCUAUCCACUGACACUUGACUCUGGACGGUUGAGCGUCCCGUAUGUUAUGUUGUAUUAUCUGCCAGUGACGUGCAACAAUGAGGUUAAGAUGCUGUAUGCCAGCGCGAAGGAGUUGAUGAGGAACACGGCCGAGGUCAAUCGAAUCAUUGAGAUUGAUGCCGCCGAGGACAUCGAGGACAUCGAGGAGAAAUUGAAGGAGACGUGA